AUGAAACUGUAUUUAUUUUGCAGAAAAAUAGUACUAAAUGAGUUCAAUUCGAUUGAUGAAGGAUUAGGUCUUCCAUCAUGGUUUUUGGUACUUUGCCUUCUUUUCUGUUGGUUAUGCUUAUUUGGCAUUAUGUCCCAAGGAAUUAAAAGUUCAGGAAAGGCAGUUUAUUUUUUAGCAACAUUUCCUUACGUAGUGAUGCUAAUUCUCUUAAUAAGAACAGCAACAUUAGAAGGAGCCAUCAAUGGGGUUAUUUUUUUCGUAAACCCAAAAUGGGAGGAACUUUUAAAGCCCAAAGUUUGGUAUGCUGCACUUACCCAGUGCUUUUUUUCUUUGGGAGUUUGUCUAAGUCCCAUAAUCACUUAUUCUUCCCAUAAUAAUUUCCAUCAUCCUGUGAGCAGGGACGUAAUGAUUGUAACAACACUCGACACCUUUACAAGUCUGAUAGCAGGCUGUACAAUUUUUGGCAUUCUGGGAAAUUUAGCACACGAGAUGGGAAUAAGUGAUAUUUCUAAAGUGGUCCAAGGUGGUUCAGGACUCGCCUUUAUCUCAUAUCCAGAUGCACUAUCUCGAUUUUUGGUUGCGCCACAAGUUUUUUCGGCUCUUUUUUUUAUCAUGAUGUUUACCCUUGGCAUUGGAAGUGCUGUUGCAUUUUACACUUCUGUUUGUGACAUUGUCAUCGAUAAAUAUGCUAAUGUGAAAAAGUGGAAACUUAUUUUGGGAAUGUGUACGAUUGGGUUUUUCUCAGGCGUCAUUUACACGACACCAGGAGGACAGUGGUUUGUGACUUUGAUAGAUUACUAUGGAGGUACUUGUAUAGCAAUAAUAAUCGGUGUUGCUGAAAUUAUAACCAUUUUUUGGAUCUAUGGACUUUAUAACUUUCUGAAUGACCUGGAAUUCAUGUUGGGCUUUCGACCCGGAUUUUAUUGGAGGUUUUGUUGGACUGUUAUCACUCCUCUUCUUAUGAUUGUGAUUUUGGUUUACUCUUUUGUGACUUAUGAACCUCCAACCUACAAUGGCUUUACUUUUCCCGGUUAUGCUUAUGGUAUUGGGUGGUCCAUUUUUACGAUAGGUGUGCUUCAAAUGCUUUAUUUUAUUAUUCGAGAAACUUGGAAACAUAAAAAGCUGUCAACUUUUGAAGCAUUAAAAGCAGCAUUUCAACCUUCCGAGAGUUGGGGUCCUUAUAAUAUCAAUAAUUGUACUGAAUGGAAAGAAUUCGUCGCCAAACGGAAAUUUAGAAGAAAAGGAGGAUUAAUAGAAUUAUUUUUUAAGUAG